AUGGCGACUCCGCGCGGUGGAAGGGGUGGUGGGAGUGAGAGAGGACGCGGUGGAAGAGGCAGUUAUACUCCGAAUUCGAACCGUGGACGUGGAAAGAACAACGCGCAGAGCGAUGAUGAGCGACCGGCGCAAACCCUCUAUACGCGUGGACAGGGACGACAGCACACGGGCGGCAGUAGAGGCGGUUCAAAUGGCAAUGGUGGAUUUAAUGCGCGGGGCGGCCAUUUCGGUUCUUCGAAUGCCUUUGCCUCGAACAAGAACAACACACCGAACUUUGCGCCCCACGAAUAUCAGAAACGUCUGAACUACAUUAAAUCCGAGCGACCCAAGAUUCGUGAGCAAUUCAUUAAAAACGGGCUCAUGAACCCAGAAGGCCAGAUGCGCUUAAGCGACUCAGUCAAGCUCUACGGCAUAUGCGAGGAAAUGUGCCCAGAGUACGAGCGCGUGCGUCGCAUUGUUGAGUUAGAUGUUAAGGCGCCGGAAUGCACCCCCGAGACCCAACACCUACCCAGCCGCAGUCAGCGCAUACCAGACGAGUCGCGCAUGGUCAAGGCAUAUGCACGCUCUGCAGCGGGUAUGGAUGUAGAAUUGGUUUCAGAGAUUCGCUCACCCUCCACUUGCUUGAAAACCCUCAAGUACCUUUUUGGGCGACUGGACGAAGACGACUUCCAAUUCCUUCAUUCGUGGCUUUGGGACCGAACACGAGCCGUCCGGAAGGACUUGCGCACUCAGCGCAUUGAGAACAAGACCGAUAUCGCAAUCCUCCUCACUUCCCUUGAGUACAGCGCCCGUUUCUACAUGCUAUCGGCUCAUCACAUGGCUCAGAGUACAAAGGACGAUUACUCGCAUCAGCAGGAUGUCGAGCAACUGAAUCAGACUUUGAUCUCACUGAAGGAGCGAUAUGGCGACAAUCGACGAGCUGGCAUUGUGUCAGAGAACGAGGCCGAGUUCUGGGCGUAUCGCUUGAUUUUGGCUCCUAUUUACGCCAAUACACAGCUCGAAAACGAGUUACACCGCCUGCCCAGCGACCUGCGAAACAAUCCACGAGUGAAGACUGCCUUGGAAAUCUUUCGUGUUCUCAAAACAAUCAUUAUUCACCGAAAUUACGACAAUUUCGUUCAAUGCCAGUCCAACUGGAAGGUUUUCUGGGAUCUGAUCAAGUCACCGAGAGUCUCAUAUCUGAUGGCAUGCGCUGCUGCGAUCUGCUUCAACAGGGUACGCCACGUCGUACUCGACUCAGUUUGGCGUGCCUAUCGAGUUGGCCAAUACAGACAUCAAGUCAGUGUUGAAGAGUGGACGACUGGCAAGCUGAGAGAAGUCCUGGGCAUGGAUACUGACUCGGAGGCGGUUCAAUUCUGUGAAGCUCACGGUUUCGUGUUUGAAGUGAACGAAGCAGGUCAGACUUUCUUGGAUAUCAAGCAAAAGAGUUAUGAGAGGAAAGCUGUGGUUCUUCCCAAAGCCGAUGUCAAACCUCAAUUCUUCUCCGCAUCAAUUGUCGAGGCCAAACGUCACGGCCGUCCACUUUCAGCCGUCAUCGCAGGCUUGACCGUACAAGAGACUAAGAAGGGCGGUUUCUCUUUUAACAAUGCAUUCACAAACCAGGUUGGUCAAGCGGAAGACCAAACGUCGUUAUUCAUUCCAGAGAAACCAAACAUCUUCUCUCAGCAGUCAAACGGACCAAAGUCAUUAAGUGGCAGUUUCAACCCAACGGCUUCUCCGUUCCAGCCCAGCAGUGCACCCACAGGAAGUUCUAAUCCUUUCGUCAAGGCUCCACAAUCCGGCGUAUUCGACCCUUCAAAGAAUCCCAUCAAAUUCGCGUCGCCGGCAGAUGCGAACACGAACCCAUUUCUUCAGCAAGAUAACUCUUCGCCUUUCCAAUCUGCACCACUCGCAACUCCAACAAAUCCUUUUUUGAAAAACAACACUACUCCGCCUCAGCCUACCACAUCUGCGGCACCAAGCAACCCUUUUCUACCUUCGCCGUUUACAGCUGCGCAGUCGAAAUUCCAACCACAAGAUUCGACUUCGGAACCUAAGCCAGCCCCACCAGCCGAAGCUCCUAAGUCAGCUCCCGCCUUCAAUUUCACUACACCGGGCUUCAACUUUGCACCUCCACAGGAAACUACAGAACCCGGGGGUUCUUCUACAUCAGCAGGGUCGUUUUCUACCACACAGGCAGGAUCAUUUUCUUUCACACCAGCAGGUUCACCACCCCAAGAAGAUACGUCCGCACAGGAAGCUGAAGCUGAAGCGCAAAGAGCGGAAAAAGCCCGGCUUGAAGCAGCUGAGAAACAACGACGGGAAGAUGAGGCACGACAACGUGUGCAAGAAGCGCAACGGUUAAAGCAAGCAAAAGAGGAGGAGCGAAAGAGGGAAGCUGCUGCCGCGGUAGAACGUCAACAAAAAGAGCAGGCAGAGCGAGAGCGCAGAGCACGUGAAGAGCAGGAGGAAUUGGCCCGGCAAGCGAGGCAACGUCAAGCACAAGAGGAGGAAGCUCGGGCAAAGCGACUUCGUGAAAUGGAUUUGGCAUUACAUGCGCUUACAUCGGAUGUCAUGUUUGACCCUCAUGAAGGAUUGUUGAUGCAGUUCAUCGAGAAUUCGGUUAUCAACAUCUCGAAUGAAGCUGCAAAGUCAGUGGAGAUGGAGAGGAGAGUGGCGCACGUGGAUCGCAAAUACGAAAAUUAUUUGGUGGAAUUGAAGCGGGCGGGAUUGGCCAAGAUUAUGGCCGCGGUUCAAAAGAAAAAGCGAAUGCAAAAGGCUAAAGAGAGGAGGAGACGAUUGAAAGAGAAGCGUAUUUGGACAAUGUCGAUGGGACAGAAAGAGCACACAGACGCGUCUGUCCUUGGGCAGACUGUUGCCCUGAACGGUGAAGCAGGGCCAACAAGUCAGCCCAACGGUUAUGCAGCACCGCAACAACGUUCGUCCAACACUCGGCGUGCUAAACGAACAGAAGAGCGGCGAAACCUGCAGGUCUCCGAAGCAAUCAACACAACAGUUCCUGAUGCAACUCCUAACAACCCAGGUCCGAGGGCAAUGGGCCGUUCUCACAACAAUCCGCCAAAUACAAACACAAGCAAAGAAAGCUCUUCGGCACUCGCGUAUUCGCAAGCCUACCGCCAGGCCGCUGCAACGGCACCUGUAGAUCGAACAGAAACAGACUGGUUCAAACUACGAGCGAUGGGCAUUGACCCUAGCAAACACCGGAAGAGGAGUUUUGACUUUACUUCUUCUGAUGAAGAAAAGCCAAACCUGAUUGAGUCCAAGCGGCCGAAGCUGUUAUCAAAGUCUCCUUCAGUGGAAAGUCAAUUACCACCUACCCCCAAGACUAUGGACGAGGAGCAGGUUGAUCGGGCUGAAGCCAUCAAACAGUCCUUCAAGGGCUCGACAUACACAAUAUCACCAUCUCAUUCGAUCAACGGGGCUGCCUCUAUCAGUGGUCGAGCCUCAUUCAACGAUUCUACCAGCAGCUUGAUCGAAAGAGCUCGAAGGAUAGUGGCCGGUGCCAAGUCAGAAAUGCCGCCACCUCCACACACCAAUAGCGCAAUGUCUGUCUAUAGGGCUGAUUCCUUUAACGGAAAUGCCAGCCAACUCAUUGCACGUGCCAAAGGGCUUGCAAGACAUCAUGAUACAACUUCAAAUGUACAGCAUGACUGGAGCCGAAGCGUUCCCAACCUUGGCUUCUCAGCAUCUCAGAGCCAGCGGUCAAUGUAUGGUAACAGUAGCUUCGGCAGCACGGUGUCGACCAAGGACCGUCCAGCAUACUGGGGACGUACAAGUCGGUUUGUACCUCGCCAUCUCUACGGUCGCGGUGCGGACGCUGUUCGUGCGUACAGAGUAGAGCAGGGCCUUAGCAAGUCACCGUCCAGCACACGACCGGCUAGUGCAGAGCCUAUGAGUUUCUCAUCUCCAAUCCCAACCCAGCAGUUGUUUGUCCAGCACGCACAAGCCCGAACCCAGGGCUACACCCAGGAACAAUACAGCGAUACGGAAGAAGCCAGUGGCGUUGACGUCGUUGAUGUUGACGCUGAAGACUCAAAUGCCGUCAUGACCGAUGAUGAGGGAUUUGCUGGUGCAACAAACUCGUAUCCUGGCUCUCAGUUCCCUGCUGCCCAGUCCAAUCAUCAAGACUACGACGAAGACGCAGAUUCCGAGAUGCUGGAAGGCGAGGACGACGACGAACUCCUCGACUACGACGAGUACGACGAGGUUGAUGAGGACGAAGAGAUUGCAGACGAUUUUGACGAAGAGGAAGAGGAAGAGGAGGAUGAGUCUCAAGAAGAAGAAGAAGAAGAAGAAGAAGAAGAGGAUGAUGAUGGGGGCGAAAACACCAUGAAACCCGGAGCAACCGAAGACGACGCCAUUGAGCUUUCUGACUAG